AUGUCGUAUGAAUUUCUACCAUUAACUUCAGAACAAAUUCAAGAAUUACUGGAAAUUAUAAAUCAGCUAAGGCAACUUAAUCAAGUAUCACCCAUUAAUUUUGGAGGAUUGCAGAAAAUUCAGGAUAAGCUAAGCCUAGAAUGUCAAGUAUCAAUCAAUAUUUUUGAAGAAUUUCGGGGAAUUCUAACUCUACAAAGCCAAUAUAAUCAGGCACCACCCAGGUCUUGUGAAGAAUUUCCGCAGCCAUUCCAGCCAAAUACACUAUACAGCAGCUCUUUGAACCAUAAUGGUACACUCUUAAACAAUAACAUUCAAGAUCCCGAUGACUGUGUUGGCUUCGAUACUUAUACUAAUCAACAAGACUCAACUAAACCUAUGAAGCAAAAUAAAGCAUUUUCAUGUAAAUGGGAAAAUAAUGAAACCGAGUGCUUACUUACAUAUUUGAAAGGAAAUAAAGAAAAGGAUGAAAAAAACUUAACGUAUAAGUCAGAAAUUGAAGAAAUUCUUG